CCAUGUGUUAGAUGCUACAUAACCUAUGAGAUCCUUUGAUCGAGGAGAGAGACAGUCGGCAGGAGCUCUCUUCCAAACACAACUAGGAGUGUUUGAUGUGAUGCUUUACUUUUUGUAGUAAACUGCUCUAUUCAUAAAGACUGCUUCAGCGGAGAAUUUCUUUGAACACAUCCACAUGGCAUCAAUAUCAAGAAAAAACACCUUCUCUUGUUUGAUCUGUUUGGAUCUACUGAAGGAUCCGGUGACUAUUCCCUGUGGACACAGCUACUGCAUGAACUGUAUUAAAGGCUACUGGGAUGUAGAGGAGAAGAGAAUCUACAGCUGCCCUCAGUGCAGACAGACCUUCACACCGAGGCCUGUCCUGGUGAAAAACACCAUGUUAGCAGAUUUAGUGGAGGAGCUGAAGAAGACUGGACUCCAAGCUGCUCCUGCUGAUCACUGCUAUGCUGGACCUGAAGAUGUGGCCUGUGAUGUCUGCACUGGGAGAAAAAUGAAGGCAGUGAAGUCCUGUUUGUUUUGUCUGGCAUCUUACUGUGAGAAACACCUUCAGUCUCAUUAUGAUGUGGUGCCGUUAAGGAAACACAAGCUGGUGGAGCCCUCCAAGAAACUCCAGGAGAACAUCUGCUUUCGUCGUGAUGAGGUGAUGAAGAUGUUCUGCCGUACUGACCAGCAGAGUAUCUGUUAUCUCUGCCCUGUGGAUGAACAUAAAGGCCACCACACAGUCUCAGCUGCAGCAGAAAGGACUGAGAGGCAGAGAGAGCUCGAGGUGAGUCAACAAAAGAUCCAGCAGAGAAUCCAGGACAGAGAGAAAGAUGUGAAGCUGCUUCAACAGGAGGUGGAGGCCAUCAAUCAGUCUGCUGAUAAAACAGUGGAGCACAGUGAGAAGAUCUUCACUGAGCUGAUCCAUCUGAUCCAGAAAAGAAGCUCUGAUGUGAAGCAGCAGAUCAGAUCCCAGCAGGAAACUGAAGUGAGUCGGGUCAAAGCGCUUCAGGAGAAGCUGGAGCAGGAGAUCACUGAGCUGAAGAGGAAAGACGCUGAGCUGAAGCAGCUCUCACACACAGGGGAUCACAUCCAGUUUCUACACAACUACCCCUCACUGUCAGCACUCAGUGAGUCUACACACUCAUCCAGCAUCAAUAUCCGUCCUCUGAGCUACUUUGAGGAUGUGACAGCAGCUGUGUCAGUGAUCAGAGAGAAACUACGGGACUUUCUGAGUGAGGAAUGGAGAAACAUCUCACUGACACUCAAUGAAGUGGAUGUUUUACUGCCAACACCAGAGCCAAAGACCAGAGCUGAAUUCUUAAAAUAUUCAUGUGAAAUCACCCUGGAUCCAAGCACAGCACACACACAGCUGUUAUUAUCAGAGGGGAACAGAAAAGUAAAAUUUGUGAAAUAUCAACAAUCUUAUUUUGACCAUCCAGACAAAUUUUUUGGAUGGCUUCAGGUCCUGAGCAGAGAGAGUCUGACUGGACGUUGUUACUGGGAGGUGAGGAGGAGCGGGAGAGGAAUUUUUGUAGCAGUUGCAUACAAGGAUAUCAGCAGAGCAGGGACUUUGAAUGAAUGUGGAUUUGGACGUAAUGAGAAAUCUUGGGCAUUAGAUUUUUCCAAAAACGGUUACACAUUUUGGCACAACAACGUCCAAACUCUUGUCUCAGGUCCUCGGUCCCCCAGAGUAGGAGUGUACCUGGAUCACAGAGCAGGUAUUCUGUCCUUCUACAGCAUCUCUGAAACCAUGACUCUGCUCCACAGAGUCCAGACCACAUUCACUCAGCCGCUCUAUGCUGGAGUCUGGCUUUACAACAAUUAUGGAGACACUGCUGUGUUCAUUAAGCUGAAAUAGACUGAAGUCUUUCACAUGGUUGUGGGUUUAAAUCUGUAUUUUAGUUUCAUAUUAUUUUCUCUCCAUCAUUGUUGUGACAUUUCUGCAUCAGCUGUCAGUCAAACAUUAUGGGUGGUACCUUGACAUCUUCUAGUUGUUCUCUUGAUGCUUUGGAGUUUUUGGUGGAGCUCUUUCCUGUGUCUGUUUAGCCAUGGAGGCUAUCACUGCUCAUAAUGAUUUUGAUUUAGAAAAAUAUUUCUCCACAUGAAAAUGUAAAUUUCUUGAAUAUUACUUGUCAAAUAUUAGUAUUAAUGUAAAAAAAAAAAUCAACAGACCUUCCUUUUGUUCUCAUCACUUUGUAUGUUUGAGAAGAAAUCUGUAAUUGCAUUUACAUUUACAGUCAAACUUUUGACUGGUACAUUAUCUGUUUGGCACACUAUAUUUAUUUUGGUUUUUGGUUUUUAAUUACACAAACAAAUGAGGUAUGAUAAAACUGUGGUUUUAAUGUUUCUAAUCAAUGAUGAAGUCAUUUAUUGUUUUUAAUAUUGAAUGUGUGAAUAACUAGGACAUUUUUCUGAUAAAUAAAACUUUUCGAAUUUUCAAAUUAUUUU